AUGAAAACGGGCAUGAGUUCAAGACAGGAUCGCUUCUCUCCACAUUAUCGCGUGCUGCUUGGCUUGUUGUUUCUUUGUACAACAACAGCGUACGAAGGAGACAUUGGAAAUGGACCAUGGAAAUUAGCGUUGAAAGUCCCUACUGGAGUAACAGCUCCUGGUUAUUCAAGUAUAGAAUCCCUUUGGGCAUCGAGUAAUACACUGAAUGACAACGACAUUGGAGCCAUGAACGACUUCAGUGCGGGCGGCAAUGCUAAGGUCUACAAGGGAGCUAUUUCUAAUGACUGGGGUACAAAAACAGCUGUCUCGCACGUAUAUUUUGAAAAUUUGCUUUCGUUUUCACAGGUGAAGAUUUCAGCCUUCAAGGAUGGUAUUGAGAAAGCUUAUGUAGUCUUUGACGCUUUUGGCAAAACAAAAACUACGUUCAUGGACUGUGGCAAGAUUGUUCACUCAUCCUGGUCAGAUCUAAAGGGCAACAGUUUCAACUACUGCAAUAUACCAGGACAUGACAGCAUCGCCCGAACGUUUUUCAUCAAUAGAAGUUAUGCUGGAUGUAACAAUGACUACGGUUGGUUCAUUCUAAAAGACUACGACAAAACCGGUGGCUGUAGCAACUGGGAUACCGCCAAUGGAAACCCGAAAGUCAUGUACUCCGCAGAUUCCACGUACAUCAACUGGGCUUUCGGAAACAGACAGACAGGAGAUUCCUUUGCUAUUUUCGUUCUUGAAUGGAAGAUGGUAUUCAAGGGCGUUGAUGGAGUUGAACCCGCAGCUGGGUCAUUGUUAAGUCUGUGGUCUGGCUCUACCACCGAGCACGGAAAUGAUGUCAGUGCCAUCACUGUAACCAAGGCUCCAAGUAAAACCUACAAAUCUGCCGUGGUGGAGAAAUGGUCUGAACAACUUGUUGACCAAGUACGUUACUCCUACUUCACAAGUGGGACUGAGGUAGCCUAUACCGUAUUUAACGGUCGUGGAUCAGACAAGAAAUCGUGGUUUUCAAAUGACAACAUCAUCUACUCCAAAUACACCGACAUUAAAAGCAAGACCAAGGUCGCUUGUUCCAUUGACGGUGACAGUACUCGUAAAUUCACCAUUCAUCACCGAUACGACGGCUGCCCUAAUGAUGAAAUUUGGAUGCAAAUUUUGGAUGAUCGUGGUGGCCCCGCCCCCUGCUCGUGGGAUAAGAACGUCAGAACGCGACCUUAUUUCCUCUACAGCGCGGGAACUACAGUCGUCAGAGCUGAAUCAGGAGGACAAUGGAACAGUGGUGGUUACCCAGCAGCUGAAACCUUGGGUAUCUUCAUCACAGGCUGGACACCAGUGAUGAAGUUGGCACACGGUCAAGGUGUGGGAGGAGCCGUCGAUGUCCGAGACUUAUGGAAAGGCACUUACACAGUGAACGAGGGAGAUGCAAACGCUAUGUCGAUAGCAGCUGGAACAAAGGCGUACAAGUCUUCCAUCGUAGACAAAUGGUCUGAUUACUACAUCAGUGCAGUUCGAAUAUCCUUUAUAACCGGUGGUAAAGAGAAAGCUUUCGCUGUAUUUGAUGCUCAUGGUGCCGACAAAAACAGCUGGUUCACAAAAGCCAGGGUUCUGUAUUCGUCUUGGAAUGAUCUUGGUCCAACCUCGACAACGAACUAUGAUUCUAUUGAUGGACAUCAGCCACACGGACGAAACUUUUACAUGAACCGAAACUAUGGUGGCUGUCAAAAUGACGCAGGCUGGUUUAUAGUGUCCGAAGCACAAAGUUACGGAUGCAGCUGGGAAAAAAAGACCAGUGUCAAACCGUAUUACUUGUAUAGCGAUGCUUCAGGAUACGAGAAAUCUGAUAAUCAAGCUAUCGCUGAGGUGUUUGUCAUCUCCGUUUCGAUGGACAUGUGUAACCCAAAUCGUUGUGGAAAUGGCGCUACAUGUAUUGAUCUUGGAGCUACAUAUGAGUGCGCAUGUAGCGGAAACUACUUCGGAACACACUGUGAAAACUUAAAUGGCGGAUUUUCAAGCUGGAGUUCAUAUGGAGCGUGUACGAGAACAUGCGGAGCUGGAACUAAGACCAGAACGAGGACAUGUAACAAUCCAGCACCGGUCGGAAGUGGAGCUGCCUGUUCCGGAAGUACAACUGAAACCACUUCCUGUACCAUUGCGUCAUGCGCAAUCGAUGGCGGUUGGUCCUCUUGGAGUUCAUGGGGAACCUGUACUACAACGUGUGGUGGAGGAACACAAGAGAAAACCAGGUCAUGUACCAAUCCUGCUCGACAAUAUGGCGGUGCUGACUGUGCCUUCAAUCCGUCUACAGCCACAGCCAGUCAGACGUGUAACACACAUCAUUGUCCAAUUGACGGAGGAUGGACUGCAUGGAAUAGCUGGAGCACAUGUACAGUGACUUGUGGUGGUGGUUCCCAAGAGAGAUCUCGUACUUGUACAAACCCGACCAAACAGUAUGGAGGAGCUGACUGUCCAAAUCUUAACACCGGAGCUAUCGAAACAUGUAACACACAAGUCUGCAUAAUUGACGGUGCAUGGGGUUCAUGGUCAGCCUACGGAACUUGUACCAAAACCUGUGGAACUGGUGUCUAUUCGAGGUCAAGAAUAUGUGACAGCCCUCUUCCAGCCAAUGGUGGAAAUCCCUGCAGUGGACCGUCUAGCGAGUUUUCCGACUGUAAUACGAAUGCGUGUCCUGUAGCCCAGGCUGGAGUAUACCAACAGUUUUGUCCAUCGAACUGGUUCACGUGUGAAUCUGGGGCUAUGACCUGUAUCAUGUUAAGUAUGAAGUGUGAUUGUUCGAAUGACUGCGACGACGGAAGUGACGAAACUGUAGGGUAUGCCGGAUGUGACGAAGAACUGAUGGCCAUGUGCGAGUCUGGUGCAGUCGCCUACCAGGCUUCAAACUUAAAGGCCUGA